CUUACAGAACCAUCUCAGCUGUGAACGGGCCACUGGUGGUACUGGAUAAUGUGAAGUUUCCGAAAUACGCGGAGAUUGUUAACUUCACCCUGCCGGAUAGCAGUGAGCGCAGUGGGCAGGUGUUGGAGGUCGUUGGAUCCAAGGCUGUGGUUCAGGUAUUUGAAGGAACAUCAGGCAUUGAUGCCAAGUUGACAGCCUGUGAGUUCGUUGGAGACAUCCUCCGUGCGCCAGUGUCAGAGGAUAUGCUCGGUCGAGUGUUCAAUGGAUCAGGGAAGCCAAUCGAUAAGGGGCCUGCUGUAGUGGCAGAGGAUUUCCUCGAUAUAAAUGGACAGCCGAUAAACCCGCAGUGUCGGAUUUACCCUGAGGAAAUGAUACAGACCGGAAUUUCACCCAUUGAUGUGAUGAACAGCAUCGCCCGAGGUCAGAAAAUCCCAAUUUUCUCAGCAGCUGGACUCCCACACAAUGAGAUUGCUGCCCAGAUCUGCAGGCAGGCUGGUCUGGUCAAGAAAGCUAAGGAUGUCGUGGAUUACAGUGAGGACAACUUUGCCAUUGUGUUUGCAGCGAUGGGGGUGCCUUAUGUCCUCAUUAUAACAUACCCUACCAACUAUUAUUAUAUUAUCAGCAAAUCUGGUUACACCACACUGUGA